AUGGAAAACUCGAAAACCUCGAAGGUGGCCUUGCGGUUCAGGCUCAGCCGAAUAUCGCUGAUGGCGCCAAAGAGGAUGUCCUUGCUGGCCAUCACCACCGCCACGGUGGCGGUUUUGAGGUUAAAGCUCAGCCUCAACGGCGUCAUCUCGACAUCCUUCACGGUGUGCGCAAUCGCGAAGGUCGCCUCCCGCUCGAUGAUCUCCAUCACGGUCUGGACGUCCUUGCCGUAA